CAAUAACAAUAACAACAGCACCAAAAAAAGCAACAACAACAACAACAAUAGUCACACUUUAGGCACCGCCAUGUCACAUUUGCUGAGGCGCACCAAGAAAUCCUGUCUCAAGCUGCUGCGCAAAAUAUCAACAUCAAAGCAACUGUUUGUGCAGCGCCUGGACGAGGACGAUGAAGAUGAGCAGGAGAUGGAGCAGGAGGAGGAGGAGGAGCACAUCAAUACAGCGACAACUAACGACAAGCAAUAUGCGUGCGACAGCAGCACUAAUACCAAGAAUACCAACAACAACAAAAACAUCAAACCCAACCCAUCCGUCCAAUAUUGUCAGGAAGUGCUAUCCCAGUUAAAGGAGGAGGAGGAGGAGGAUCAGCGGCUAGAUAUCCAAUUUGAUCUGAUGCAUUACAAGGAGAAUGUGCGAUAUUUGAGGCACACACCCUCCAAUUCCAACUCGAAUUCAAGUGUUGACCUGAGGCAGGUGGCGUCUCCGCAGUGCUCGUUCAGCGUCAGCGUUGGCUCCCAGUUAAAAGGCCAGUAUCACAAUGUGAUCAUUGUGGAGCAGCCGCCGAACGAUGCCUAUCCGAUUGUCAAGUGGGACAUCAAUGGCAAUUCCCUAGACGAGGAGCAGUUUGAUUUGCGACAGCAUUGGGCAGCUUUCGAUAGCCGCUGGCGGCAGCUGCAGGCCGUCCAAUCUGGGCAAUCCGGCAAACGUAUGGGAAGCGGACAUUCGCAGAGAUCCAGUCAUCAUUCCAGCUCGUGCACCCUGGAGACCUGGAUUGAUGAUGCCGAGUUGGGUCUGGGCGAUGAUUUGCAAAAUUUGCUGCAAACCAACCACAACAAAAAUAACUGUAAUAAUUGCCUUAAAAGUUUCUAGUUGAUAAAAAACUAAAAAAAAAAAGUGAGAUAUGCUUUAGCAAUUUAGUCCUGUGAAGCGGAUUUGCUCUGGGAAGCGGAUUUUCCCGGUGAAUUGGUUUUGUCGAUAAACUUGUUCAGUAGUAAAAGAGUUUCAAAGUUUUUGAAAAUUAUACGGUCUAUUUUGAA